AAAGGACCUCUGAUGUUGUAUGUGACAGAUAUACCACCGCCGAUUUCGUUCAGACAAUCAAAAAUUCCAACUUCCCAACCGAGUCAACAAAACAAAUAUUGCGAAAGUCAACAUGGCUUCAGGCAAACGCAUCAUGCUCGUCACCGGUGCUAACACUGGGAUUGGAUACGAUACAGCGCUCUUCCUUGCGAGAGCCGACUCUCACAACCACGUUAUCGUCGGCGCGCGAAAUGAGCAAAGGGGUCUCGAUGCCCUCAAAAAACUACAAGCCAUGAAACUCAAGGGCACUCUGAGUUUCCAGAAGCUCGACGUUGCAUCCGACGAGAGCAUCUUCACUGCCGUCAAGGAGAUCGAGGCCAACUUCGACAAACUCGAUGUUCUUGUCAACAACGCCGGUAUUUUCGUGACCGGUCCCACGACACGCGCUGCCAUGCGCGAGACCUUCGAGGUCAACGUAUACGGUCCCGUUAUCUUGACCGACGCCCUCGCUCCACUCCUCCAGAAAUCGAACGACCCUCGCAUCAUCAAUGUGAGCUCCGGCCUCGGGAGCAUAGGAGCGCGUCUGGACUCAACCGACGCGUUCUACCAUCAUCCAGGUGACGCCUAUCGCAUGUCGAAGGCGGCGCUCAACAUGGCCUCUGCGAACCAGAAGUACAACUACAGAGAGAAGCAUUUCAAAGUCUGGUCGUACUGUCCAGGGUUCGUCAUUACGGAUAUCGUAAUAGGAGAUUCUGCGCGAGGAGAAGAGUCUAGGAAGAAGAGGAGGGAAGUGGGAGCUGAGAGUAGCGAGACGAGUGCUCAGGGGAUUUUGGAUAUCGUGGAGGGUAAGCGGGAUGCGGAGAUGGAUCUCUUUGUUCAGCGCUAUGGGAAAACGUGGCCGUGGUAGAUCCCACGAGGGUGAGCGAUUAAAUCGCUACUGCGGCAGAACACGGCAAGUCAGAGGUAGUUCAGCCGCUCUGCCCGGCGUUUUUGGGUCUUGUCUUAAGCCUUACCCAAUUAAACUAGCUAUAUCA